AUGGCAACGGCGGCGACCUCAGCGCGCAUCACUUCCGAUCACAAACCCCAAUCCGCAGUGCAACGGCGAUCUCAACCAUCCAUGAGAAAACAACAACCUCCCAUCACCACCACCACCCCAUCACCCUCACUCCUCAAAAUUCUCUCCCUCAUCUCCCAAUCCCUUCUCCACGACUCCAACCAUCAGAAGUAUUUAAACCUUUUACGUCAAUCUAUUUCCGAAACUCGGAAAUUUCUUGAAAGAGCGAGGCAAGAACUUGAGAUUUCUGAAGAGGAUGAGGAUGUGAGGGGUUUGGAUGGGAGUAGUUUGAUGAGAAGUUUUGCGUUUUGGAGACAGGUUUUGGGAAAUAAUGGGGAUGAAAAGGAGAGGGUGAGGUUGAUUAGGGGGUUGGUGGAGGGGUUGGAGAGGGAGGUUUUGAGGGGUGAGAGGGAGGUUGGGAGGUUGGAGGGGAAGAACAGGAGGAGGGAGGGGGAUGUGGUGGAAGGUGAAAGUGAAGAGCGGUUUGUUGAGGAGAAUGGGGGUGUGCUUGUGACGCCGCUUGAUGGGGAGGUCGCUGCGAACAUGACUGAUGCGGCUACAGCGAAGGAUGAAAUCUCAAAAGACUUUCUGAAGGACAAGGACGAAUAUACUGCCAGGCAUCCGAGCCGGCGGAGUCGAAAGAGUAGUGCCAAGGUACCAGAGAAGGAGAAGGAGAAGGAGAAGGAUGCACUCUCAGACAUAUAUGGGCUUUCGUCAAGAAAUCCUUCGGUGUGCGAAGCUGGUGCGAUCGGAAGUGCGAGCAGUUACACUCGAGUCACGCGAGCUCCUACUGUGGCAAGUUCUAGAAGCAUGAGUAUCGCGUACGACAGCGGCUUCUACUCCCUCGAGGCGGAGGACGUCAGGCAGCUUUGCUGA